UUUGAAGUGGGAGUGUAAAGAUGGCAGCCCCUCUGAGAAACAUGGCUCGACAGAGAAGUUUCUGCCUUUUGUUACCUGUAAACAGCGUCAGUAGAAUAAUAUUUGGGUUCGUGGUGGUUUCUGUUCUGGUGAAGCCGUCGCUGACAGACGAGCUGGACUUUAAGGAGGAAUUUUUGAAGCGGGAAUAUUCUCUGGUCAAACCUUACCGCGGCCUGGGCUUCUCGACCUCCUCACAGUGGGAUUUGAUGGGAACGGCCAUGGUGACCCCCGAUCAUGUGAGGCUGACCCCAGAUCAGCAGAGCAGGCAGGGAGCUGUGUGGAGUCGGAUUCCUUUAGUUUUACGUGACUGGGAGCUGAAGGUUUACUUUAAAAUCCACGGCCAGGGAAAGAAGAACUUACACGGGGAUGGCCUUGCAAUAUGGCUCACCAAAGAGCGCAUGCAGAAUGGUCCUGUGUUUGGCAACAUGAACCAGUUCACUGGACUUGGUGUGUUUGUGGAUACGUACCCUAAUUCUGACAGAAACCAUGAUAGGACCUUCCCGUACGUAUCGGUGAUGCUGGGAAACGGGACCCUGCUGUAUGACCACAAUCGUGAUGGGAGACCCUCUGAGCUCGGAGGCUGCACAGCUUUGGCUCGCAACUCAGUUCACGACACAUUUCUGUUGCUCAGAUACUCCAGAAACAGACUGACGCUGUUGGUGGAUGUUGAUGGUAAACAGGAGUGGAGAGAAUGUGCUGACAUCACAGGACUGAGGCUACCAACAGGCUACUACUUCGGUGCUUCUUCUGCUACAGGAGAGCUGUCAGAUAACCAUGACAUCAUCUCAAUGAAGGUGUACCAGCUUACUGUAGAGCGGACUCCUGAAGAAGAGCAGGAGGAUGAAGAGCUCACUGUCCCCAGAGUUGACGACAUGAAGCAGUUUGAAGUGGAGGUGGAGGACGGCAGGAUGAGUGGAGUCCAGCUCUUCUUCACCUUCCUGUUCUCGGUCCUGGGCCUGUGCCUUCUGGUCGUGGUCAUCCUGAUGGUCUACAACCGCUGGAAGGAGAACAGGCGCAAACGCUUCUACUAGGAGGAGUCUGGCCCGUGCUGCUUUCACUUCCUGCAGGGCAACAUGUUUCACAACACCCGAGGAAAUGAAUCAGAUUGUACCACUGACAGCCAGGACGUGAACAGAUCCUGAAGAGACGAGCCGCCUGCAGAAACCUCUGGGAGAUGAGUGACAUAAAGAAACCACAACACGGAUUGAUCUCCAGCUGUCACAAAUGCCCGGAACAUGAAUCACUGAGCAGUUUUCAGCCAUCAUCAGCCAGCUGCAGCUUCACACUGUCUGCCACACGUUGUAAACUCCGGACAGAACCGUAGGUGGCUCUGUACCACGUGAGGUUUAAUAACUUUUGGACUUCUUGUCUCAGGAGAAUCACUGAGAUCUGAAGGAGUUAUCUGUACGAACAGUGAAGCGCUGACGUCGAUGCUCUGAUUAACAUAAUGAGGCCAUUAGUAGAGAUGAAGGAGGAUUCUGAAAAUAGAUGAAUCACGGCAGAACAGUUCCAGGAACCCUCUGACUCUGCUUGAUGUUUGCUGUAGGUUGUCUCUGUGAGAGCAUUAUUGUCUGCAUCCUCAGACCGCGGGUUCAWCAUUUACCUGCUGUCUUUUCACAAUAAAAGAUUUUGUCCUAGAUGGCUGAAAAAUGCAGAGUGUGGCUAAAGCACCUGAGUGUCUACCUGCAGACAGGCAGGAAGUGCUAACAGGAAGUGCACACAGGUUGCCUUAAAGUUCACWUGCAGUCUGAUCAUUGUCCUGCUCCUCUGAGCCUGCAGGAAGACGAGCCUUGAUCAGAGUCCCUGGGAUUUWAGGACUUUCGUAAACUCUGAUGUUUGGUGUUUGGGUUUCAUGUCUCGCUGUCAGAAAAAGAUCAAAUUAAAAGCUUGUCAGUGUUCAUCCAGUCAGAAACUUCAA